AUUAAUAUGUCUAUUUAACCAGUUCAAAACUUUCAGGUGUGGAAUAAGUUAUAUAGACUAGUUAAUUUUAAUGGAGUGAACCGUAAAUGGAGGAAUUUCCAUGUAUGUAUAGAUGCACAAGUAAGCCGAUCACUAUAUAAGAAUGCCAUCAACCACGUACAGUCCAUUUUUUAGUGAUUCAUGUGUUUUAUUCAAUAAAGGAAACUGCGGACCUUUUACCAGAUUGAUCGAUCCAUGUAGUUGCACAAAAUACUUUCAGUGUGUGAAUAAGGAGGUAAUCCCCCGAGAGUGUCCGCAAGGUACUGCAUAUGAUCAUACUGUACCAGAGGUAUCGAGUUCGUAUUGUAGAAAUGAAGCAGAUAUCAUUAUUCAACAAAUAUGCACACAAGACACGUCUUGGACAAGGUGUAGUGUGACGGCCAAUGCAACAGAUUCGGAAUUACUUCAAAUUCAAUCAAGAUGCAAAGGAACAACAACAGCUACAACCGUUGGUCCUGUAGAGAACACUUCAAAUGUGGGCGCCAUUGUAGGCGGCAUUCUUGCUGGACUACUUGUUGUGAUACUUUUGAUAGCUGCAUAUAUUCUUUAUAAAAGAGGAUAUGUGCCAUCACUUACUUUAAAAAAGAAGAGAUUGAAGAGCAAGCACCCACUUCAUAAUCAACCAUCAAUAGCAAACCCUCAGUACUUUGGUCAACCAGGAAUGCACAUGACUAUUGGUGACCAUCAUGAUCGUGACAUAUAUGAAGAAUAUGCCACUAUUGAUGAUACUGGGCAUGAUCCUAAUUUUCCUGAGAGAGCUCCUCGUCUACCAGAGAGACCACCGUCCCUCCAAUCAAACAAAACUGAUAGUGGUGAUCGAAAGAUAUCUGUGACUUCCGUUCAAUCAUAUAUGGAGCCUUCACCAACACUUAAAUAUGGAUUCGUUAAUCGUGGAUUAAAUAUUCAAGAAGAAGAUACAGAUUCGAACGGGAAUGAUCGAUUUUACACUGAGAUUUUUCCAGACCCGCCAUCCAAUGGACAAAUUCAAUUCACUCAUUCGCAUAAUCAAUCGGAAGAAGAAAUUUCUCCAUAUGAUAAUUCACUUCAUGUAUAAGUGUUUGCAGGGAGAUAAAUACAUGUUUUUUGUGCAAUAUGUGCCAGAUAUUUAAAAUAAAUCGUACGAAAUUGCAAUUGUGAUAAUACGAGUAUUUAAUAAUUGUUAUAUUACUGCUUUGAUAUUUUGUCCAUAUCUUACGUUGUUUUAUUGGUCUUCAUGAGCAUAACAAAAUUGUAUAAACGAAAUUGUUGCUAUAUAAUUUUUAAAACUUCAGCAAAUGAAAUAUGUCUCAUCUCCACUUAUAAAGUCACAAAUAUAUACAUCUGUCAGCCCAAUGAAAAAACUUUCCGAAUCAGUUUUACUAUUUCCCAUCAAGUUCAAUUUUUAUUUUUGCAGCAAUAACUUUUCCAGAGAAUGAUGCAGUGUAUGGUUUCCGGAUGCUAUUAUCAGUUUGUUAUUGGCUAUUAUAUUUUGACUUUGCAAUCUUACUACCUAACAUGCAACGCAUAUCAAGUACUAUAUUACAAUUGACCCUAUUAUUAUUUGUUAUACUAUUCUAAAAUAUUAGGUUUAUAAUUUUCAGCAUGUCAGCGUUAUUUUAUUUCUAGUUUGAAUUGUGAUAUUUAGGCUAGGAUCUUAUAAUUAGAUAUCAUUACCAAUCUACGAUAAAGUGCAGUCAAGUUUAAUUCCCCUUUCUUUGUCAGAGAGGCGAGAGAUACCAAAGGAAAAUUCAAAAUGCAAAAAACGAAAAACGACGAAAAGACAAACAACACAAAACACAACAUAGAAAACUAAAGACUUAGCUACACGAUCCCCACCAAAAAAACCGGUUGUGUCGAUAGUGGAACGUCCUGUUCUCCGUUUACUUAUUUUAACCUUAUAAUGGCAAACUGUGAUUUUAUAUUUUUAUGAUCCGAAAAAAAGUUUCAUGUCAUUUGAUAUUUUCGCCUCUUUGGUAUGUCUUCACAACAGAGAUAAACAAAAUUCAACCAAUUGAGACCGAGCGAACCACACACUGAUUAUCAAAAGAUUAACAACUUGUCAGGGCUUGAAAAGGAAAAUCGCUAAGAAUUAUAUGUUUACACUCAUGUUAAAGAAUAUUUUUUUCACAUAUAUUUUUUCUCUUUUUUAUCUCCUAGAUGAAAACGUAUCAUGAGAAUCGCAAUCUAUUCACACAGAUGUAUGGUGUUAACCUACAUAAAUUGAGCUGUCUUUCAAUUCAUGAGAGCAUUCUUUGAAACGAUAUGCUAUCGUUUGUUAUUUUGAGCUUGAACUUGUAUUUUGCUAUCUGUUUAUCGUUAUCUUAUUUUUGACUGUAGUGUUUUUGAAAUACGGAUUUUUUAUUGUA